AUGUCUGAAUUAAAUUCCAUAUUAAAGGAAAUGAAUGCUUCUUUGGAGACAGUUUCUGAAUCCAUUGAAAUUCUACAUAACAACUAUUUACAAGAUCAUGAGGAAACUGAGCAAGAAGGAGGUAACAACACCGAUGAUACAUUGCACUCAUACCUUAAACUAAAUAAGAAUGAAAAAGUUUCUUUACUAUCGUUGAAGAAUGAUUCCAUGCUAUCUUAUAUAAAUUCGUUACUUUUAAUCGUGGGUAAUAAAUUAAAGACCAGGAAAGGAAACAACGAUGACGAUGUUGCGUUCUAUGACCUAAGAGAUAAGACUAUUGAGAACCGUGUUGUUGUGGAACGGGGUAUUAAACCAUUAGAAAAAAAAUUGUCUUACCAAUUGGAUAAAUUAAUUAGAGCUUAUUAUAAAGCUGAAAAGGAAUUUAAAGAUGCAGAAAACCGUGCUAUAGAGAAGUCAGCCCUACAUGACAAAAAGGAGUCUACGAAUAGUGAUGAUGAUGACGAUAGUGGUAGUGAAGAAGAUGAAGAUGAGGAAAUGGCAUACAGACCUAAUACUACAGGAUUAACGAAAACCAGUUCCAAAGAAAAAGCGGCAAGUAGAGCAAAAGAACAAGAGGAGGGAGAAGGAGAAGGAGAAGGAGACGGCACAGAAGGUGCUGAUGAAAAUGAAUCUGGUAUUUAUAGACCUCCAAAGAUUAAUGCCAUGUUGCCACCUACUCAACAAUCAUCACAUUUCGAAGAUAAAUUCAUAGUUAAAGAACAUAAGAAUCGUAGUAAUCAUUCCCGAAUGCAAGCUAUGGAAGAAUAUUUGAAAGAUCAAACAGAUCAACCAGAUUGGGAAUCAUCCAUUGGUGCUAAUAUUGUUAAUCACGGUAAGGGAGGUAUUAAAUCAUCUAGAGCCUCUGAAAAGGAAAGAAAGGUUACUAGUUAUGAAGAAGAUAAUUUUACAAGAUUAAAUAAUUUGGGUACAAGUAAAAUUGAGAAAAAGAAACAAAAGCAAAGAGAAAGAAUGGCCAAGGUUAAUAUUAUCGGUGGUGAAGAUUUCAGUAUAUUUAAUUCAAAGAGGAAAAUGGAAGAUAGUACGUCGAGACGUGGUAAUAAAAAGAGUCGUAGUGCAUGGGAUAGAGCAAAGAGAAGACUAUAG